CUUUCUUCCCUAAUUUUUACAGGUGAAAAACUCUGGUCUCUUAAAAACAAUUUCAGACUCUGAAAGGAAAUGCCAAGAGGCUAUUUUUGAAGUAAUUACAUCAGAAGCGUCAUAUCUAAAGAGUUUGAAUAUCUUAAUGACAACAUUUCUUCUGAGUCCAGAAUUUUCUGACAAAUCUGGUAAAAGUAUUCUCAGUCGACAGGAGCGACACGAAAUGUUCUCCAAUAUUGGAGCCGUUAGAGAAACAAGUGAAAAAUUCCUUGCUGAUCUGGAAGAGCGCUGGAAGAAGUCAUCACAAAUUCACGAUAUUUGUGACAUAAUUACAGACCAUGUGCAGAAAAACACAUUCAAUGUCUAUAUUCGUUACUGUACCAACAUGUCAUACCAGGAGAGGAUGUACAACAAACUUCUAAAACGUCCUGAAUUUGAGGCAGCUCUGAAAUCAAUUGAACGCAAAGAUGCCUGUCAACGGCUCCCAAUGAAAACUUUCCUGCUUCUUCCGAUGCAGAGAAUUACACGGAUCCCCUUACUCAUUGAUUCAAUCCGACAUCGAUUAGACCCAAACACCGAUCGAUACAGAUCAGCUGAAAUCGCACUGCAGGCCAUCAACAAGAUUGUGAAACAAUGCAAUGAGGGAGCACGACAGAUGGAAUGUAUGGAGGAACUGAUUGCCUUACAGAAACAGAUGCAGUUUAAGGUCAAGGAGUUCCCCCUAAUCUCGGCGUCACGGAUGUUGGUAAAGAAGGGAGAAGCCAUUGAGAUUGUCAGUGAGCCGUCAAGUAAGACAAUAUUCAAGAGAAGUAAACCAACAAAAAAUCCUAUUUAUUUAUUUCUAUUUAAUGAUCUUCUACUUGUUACCAAAAAACGAGGAAACCAUUAUGAUGUUGUCGAUUAUUGUUCACGUGCCUUUUUGGACCCUCAACGUAUCAGGGACCCAGACAAAUGUAAGCUUUUACCUCAUGGAGUUCCACCCAAUGUCCGUUUUCUGAUAUUGCUGGUAAUGUUGGAGAACUUUGAAAACAAAAGAGUGGAAAUGAUUUUGGCUUUUAAUUCUGAAAAUGAUUGUGAACGUUGGUUGACUGCUGUAACCCCUGUCACAGUGGAAGGCGAUGAAAGAAUUUACUCAGCAUGGGAUUGUCCAGAAGUGGAAGCCAUUUGUUCAUAUAAAGCUUAUGAGAAAGAUGAACUCUCUUUAGAAUCAAAUGAUGUGGUCACUGUUUUCCGGAAACUAAAUGAUGGUAAGGGUUGCUUUUUGCAUGUGUGUGUGUGUGUGGGGGGGGAUUUCAUUGGUGCCUCAAUUAAGGAGAGAACCCCUAAAAUUAAAUGGGGAUAUAUUGUUGGGGGAAAGGGGAGUGAGUCUGAUCUUUAG